CCAGAAAUGCGCUCUAUCUUGUCUCCUACUUCGCGAGAUCUGAUCUUAAGUUCAUUAUAAAACAGUUACAUUCAUUUGUUUUGUGUUUUUCGUUACUUCAGUUAUUAUCUAACUUGAUUUAAUUAGAUUUAUUGCGAAAAAACUACUUUUUUUCUGAAAAUGUUGCGGUCUUCUCAAAAAGCCGCGUUUUGCCGGUGUGAAGUCCAUGGAGAAUCCCGCUAAAAUGUUAUAAGAGGCACAGGAGAUUUGUAAUGUCGUCUCUGUAUUGUCCAAGAGAAAAGGGACGGAAAGGAUAACAGAAGAAAACAGGAGAGUGACCGGAGGUGUGUGGCCGGACUCUAUCGCCUGCUGCCUUUAUCAUGAGUUGGAGCUUCCUGACACGUUUAUUGGAGGAGAUCCACAAUCACUCCACAUUUGUGGGAAAGAUCUGGCUCACAGUGCUCAUAGUGUUUCGAAUAGUGCUGACAGCCGUCGGAGGGGAGUCCAUCUACUAUGAUGAACAAAGCAAGUUUGUCUGUAACUCAGCCCAGCCCGGCUGUGAGAAUGUGUGCUAUGAUGCCUUUGCACCUCUGUCUCAUGUCCGAUUCUGGGUUUUUCAAAUCAUUCUGGUGGCCACACCAUCCCUCAUGUACCUUGGCUAUGCAGUUAACAAAAUUGCCCGCUCUGAAGAGAAGGCAGGCAGUUCUCCUCGGAGAAAACUCAAGAAGCCCUAUCUAUCAGGCAGGCAGCAGCACCGAGCUCUGGAGGAGGCUGAGGGCGACCAGGAGGAGGACCCCAUGAUCUAUGAAAUGGCUGAAGUCGAUCAGAACCCUGCACCUAAAGGCAGUCCUGAUGGUCAGGAAAAAUCCAAGGUCCGCCAUGAUGGGCGCCAACGCAUCAAACGGGACGGCCUCAUGCGCAUAUACGUGCUGCAGCUCCUGGCCCGCUCCGUGCUGGAGGUGGCCUUCCUCUGCGGACAGUAUGCACUCUACGGGUUUGCGGUCCCUCCCACCUACGAGUGCACUGACUUCCCUUGUCCUCACCGCGUGGACUGCUUUGUGUCCCGCCCCACGGAGAAGACCAUCUUCCUCCUGAUCAUGUACGCCGUCUCUCUGCUUUGUUUGAGCCUAAACAUUUGGGAGCUGCUGCACCUGGGUGUUGGGACAGUGUGUGAAAUAGUGCGCUCGCGGCAAAUGCAGUUAGACGAAGAGGAACUGUGCCGCCUGACCAAGGGACUGGGGGCCUUUAAUGAAACUGACCUGAACAGAGAGGAAUACAACUCAUACCCCUACUCAUGGAAUGCCCCCUCUGCUCCUCCAGGCUACAACAUCGCUAUCAAGCCUCUGCUGGUGUCCACGGGCCCUCGCGACCAGCUGCUGCCCAUCACCGACCUCAACAACUCCAAGAUGGCGUGUCGUCAGAACCACGUCAACAUCGCACAGGAGGAACGCCAACACUGCUGCAACAAUAAUGAAAAUCUGUGCCGUGCAGGACUGGGAGACAGCGCCAAGGGACUGCACAAGGAACUGGGCGAGCAAAAGAACAAGCUAGAGGCAGAGAAACAGGUCUACAACAAACAACAAAGCCACAAUAACAACCAGAGCAAACAGCAGAGAGAGAGGAGGCACAGGCAGCCAUCCAAGCACGUAAGCAAAGAGGACACUGACAGGGGCAGCAGUAGCACCAGCAGCAGCAAAUAUGGAGAAAUUAAGGGCUCUGAAUGGAUCUAGAACCAAUUUAAUUCUCAUCUUGCAGUAAUAGGCAGUAUUCACAAGUGCAGUGGCUUCCACGUGUUUCAGAACAAGUAGAAUAUAUCUAGAAAGAUUUAGGGAUCUUUAUAUAUACCCUCUAUAAUGGAAUAAAUGAGUCUUGACUUGUUUAAACCAAAAGGUUAACUGAGUAAUUCAAUAUACAAGCCAGCAAGGGACAAUAUAGGGCUAAAACCAGAAUAAGUUAAAUUCCAUGGUAAGUUCUUGUAUUGCAGGUUGAGAACCACUGAAGAAGUGUCUUCUUGAUUGUUUGAUUGUUUACCUGCUAUUGUUUGCCUAAAACAAAACAAAAAUCCUAAAAUAAACUACCUAUUAUCUAUUUAAGCCUGUGUGGCAAAGAAAACAAUAUACAGUUUAAACAUUUAAAUAGUGAACCAGAAAAUGUGUUAAAUGAGGCUGUUUAUUUACUGAAAACCGUUGAUCUCAGAUUUAUUUGUCAUUUCAGAGCCUUUUGUUGUGAGUGUCUUACUUAAGAGCCAAAGAACAUGUAUUGCUGUGGUUUGUACUUUUUAUUUCAUAAUGUCCUUAUGCAAACUAACCCCUCGGGGCUAUUCAGGGUCCAGUUCCAAGCAGUAUCUUAAUUUUGUCCAUGUGGUGAUAUUUGGAUAAAAUUUUGUGAACAAAUGUUGUGUGCUAUGUAGUUAUAUUGUGAAAGGAUUUGCAGUUAAUGUUUGGUUUGUUAAAGCAAGUUUAUUUUUAAAGGUACUACAGUUUUUCUGACCUGGGAGAUUGCAUAUCCUAACUAUUUUUUUUACCAUGUUUGUCUUUCAAAUGUGGUCACUUUGUUUUUGGAAAAAGCCUUUUGUGUUAAAGAAUGUGUUUGUUUUUUUGUUUUUUUUUUACUUUUUGUAACUUACAAAUAAA